AUGCCGCUCCUGCCGCUGUCCAAACGCAUACAAUAUGCCGUCUUGUGGUUCCUCUGGACCCGGCUCCUGAACCUCUCACAGUACUACAACAACCUCAAGGCCCUAUUUGUUCCGCCGGCCAUCAAGCCCGCCGACCUGGUCAAGCGGUAUCCUGCGCGCCCGUCACUCUCCGUUCGCAUCUUCUACCCCCCCUCGUACACGCCUCCGCCUCACGCCUCUCAUUCAACAACCACCCGCCUCCCCACCAUCCUCACAAUCCACGGCGGCGGUUUCAUCCUCGGCACCUCCACCACCAACGAAACCUACAACCGCACCCUCUCCACCACCCACUCCCUCCUCACCAUAGCCCUCGACUACCGCAAAGCGCCCCUUCACCCCUUCCCCACCGCAACCCACGACCUCGCCUUCCUCAUCCACGCCCUCCUCUCCGACGCAUCCCUCCCCAUCGACCCCGCCCGCGUCGCCCUCGUCGGCUGGUCGGCGGGUGCUAACUUGGCGCUUUCCGUGGCGCAAUUGCCGGCUAUGCAGGGGCGCAUACGCGCUGUGGUGCCGUGUUAUCCUGUGGUGGAUUAUACCGUUCCUAACACUGUUAAGGCGCUCGGGAGGCAGUAUAAACCUUCGCUACCGGGGCACUAUCGGAGUCGACCGCUGGGAGGGGAUAUGCUCACGUCGCUGAUGCCGCUGUUUGAUUGGGCGUAUGUGACGCCGGGGCAAAGGUGUGAUGACCCGCUGUUGAGUCCGUAUUAUGCCGAUCGGGAGAUGCUGCCGAAAGAUGUUUUUCUGGUGGCGUGUGAAUUGGAUAUGCUGGCGGCUGAGGCGUGGCGGAUGGCGUGUCGGUGGGCGGGGAGGAGGGUGCCGGGAAGGGAGGAGAAGGUUGGAAGGAUGGAGGUGGUGGGCGGGCCCGGGAAGAAAGGGGAAGGGGUGUUGGUGGGUGAAGAGGAUGAGAAGUAUGCGUGGGAGGAGGUAAAGGAGGAGGAUGGGUCGAGAGUAAGGUGGUUGCUGGUGCCGGAUACGGUUCAUGGGUUUGAUCAGGAGGAGAUUGAGCAGGUGGUGACGGGUGAUGAGGAGUUUGCGGCGGAUGCGAGGGUGAAGAGGGGGAAGGUUAUGGGGAUUAUGGCGGAAUGGCUGAAGGAGAGUUUUGCGAGGGUGGAGGAGUGA